AUGGAUUCAGAAAUAGAGGCAAUCAAGAAGAAUAACACAUGGGAGUUGAUGGAGUUACUUGCUGGAAGGAAAGUAAUUGGAGUAAAGUGGGUGUAUAAAACUAAGCACAACAAGAAUGGAGAAAUCGAUAAACAUAAGGCACGACUGGUAGCAAAAAGGUAUGUUCAGCAACAUGGUAUAGAAUACACUAAGGUAUUUUCACCUGCGGCACGAAUUGUAAUAACCCAAACCUUAAUUAAUAUUUAA